AUGAGCGUGGUCUUCAAGUUCAAACAAACCAAGGACAAAUACAACAAGGUCAUCGAUACGCAAAAGUACUACACUCUCACGCAGCACGUUUGCGAAUCAUCGCGAGCAACCACCUGCGGCCCACCCAAAUGGGACUACAAGUACCGGAUCCAAUCUGAAUCAGAAGCCGAGGAGAAUACGGUACGCCUGAAAAGAGAUGGGUGGGCGGCGUGUCAGCGGCUCUGCAGUCGGGAUUGGUCGUGCUACGCGUGGACUUUCAACGAAAAAACGCCGAAAGGUGGCGGUGAUUGCAUGCGAUUUCCUGUGGCGUCCCUCACAAAGAUGCCUGCUCCCCCGGAGAAAGGGCAAGGGCGCUGGAUCGCGGGUAUCUGUAAUGACGCCCUCGAGGAUGAGGAUAUUCCAUGCACCGACGAAGCAGAUCAGGACUGCGCCGCCCAGUCAACGCGGCCACCAUCUUGGUGGGCAGACGGAAAGAAAGGUUGGGCUAAGGGGGGUUGUGACUCAGACGUGCUAGCGGAGUUGUCGUCCUGGAGGUGUUUUCAAGUUGGCGAGCUGAGGUCAAUCCCACUUGACUGCUCUGACGAUGUACUGUUUCUGAACGGGGGGUCCCUUGUGCACGACUCCUGGACUUUUGCCGGGAACUGGCAAGGCCACAAGAACGUGGAAGAAGCUUGCUGGGUGAUGCCGGGGCGUGCCGUCACCGAGUCGGUGUAUGAUUCCUGGUCAGACUGGGUGAAGAGAGAUCAGUGGUUGCAGUGCGGAGUUACAGGGGUGCCGAAAACUGCGGCACAAGAUUUCGACACCAAUCGUCUGGACGCGGCUGGGGAAGUAGCCACGCAUGUAAGUGUGAAGUGGAAAAAAGGAGCGUCGUCCGUCGAGUUGACGCCUUACAUUUGCAAGGAUUCACUUAUCCUGGUUGAAAACGUACCGUCCCCAUAUGUUUAUUUUUGUCAUGUAGCUCUGCAUGGUGCAGCCGGUGCCCAUUUCCAUAUCCAUACACCAGAGAGACAAAAAGGCGCCAUGCGCAGCACCCACGGCCAAGAUUUCUGGGGUUGUGUAGCAAAGCCACCAUUUUGAGUAUGGUGGGGGGGUACGCUUUUAAUCUGCAUACCGGACUCGCCUGAACCCACCUCGUCCACCGCAGCUCCUCCUGCUGCAACCGCAGCUCCCGAUACCGCUACCGGUACCCAUUCUGGUCAAGAAUCAUUCUGGUCAAGAAUCAUCAAUCGUCGUCGGGGAGCAAGUUCGGCUCGUCGUCGUUCGGGAAGCAGAAGAAGAAUUGGAGGUGGAGGUACGAGACGUCGAUGA